ACGACUCUUUCGUUCAAUCGAUUCUCAUUGGCCAAUCUCUCUCUUAUGUGCAAACCGGUUUUGAAUGGAGGAUGCGGGGUUCGAUAAAGCAGCUUUAUCAUCGCCAUUAUCAUGUCAAGUGCCAAGGAUGCACCGGCCGCUAGUGGAGCCGAACUUAUCGCAGUUACUUUGAAGAAACAGAAUGUCGACGUUGUAUUUGGUAUUGUAGGCAUUCCUGUAGUUGAAAUUGCCGAAGCUUGUGUUGCCCACGGUAUUCGGUUCAUUGCCUUUCGAAACGAACAAUCGGCCGCUUAUGCCGCAUCAGCUUAUGGAUAUUUGAGCGGUCGUCCCGGAGUGUGUCUGACAGUUGGUGGUCCAGGUGUCGUUCAUGCUCUUGCUGGUCUUUUGAAUGCCAAACUCAAUUGUUGGCCUCUGGUGCUGUUAUCCGGAUCGUGCGAUUCUGACCAAGUUGAUAUGGGCGCUUUCCAAGAGCUCGAUCAAGUGGAAGCUUGCAAGCCCUACUGCAAAUACGCAGCACGCCCUACAGCCAUUGAUCGCAUCCCGUUUGUUAUUGAGAAAGCACUGCGCACUGCGUUCUACGGACGGCCCGGAGCAACCUAUGUGGAUUUCCCUGCGGACUUUAUCCAAUAUCCUAUUCGUCAUCGCGAGUCCAUUGAAAGGGUCCAAAUGCCCGCUGUACCCAAUGCACCUAUGAGUCAAGCCUUCGAAAGCGAUCUUCAAGAAGCUUUAUCGUUGCUGAAUAAUGCCAAGCGACCUUUGAUUGUGUUGGGGAAAGGUGCAGCUUAUGCCCGUGCUGAAUAUGAAAUCAGACAACUCGUGGAAGCGACGCAAAUUCCGUUUUUGCCGACACCGAUGGGUAAAGGCGUUGUUUCCGACACUCAUCCACUGUGCGUUUCGGCCGCUCGUUCCAAGGCACUCAAAGAAGCUGACGUUGUUCUGCUGAUCGGUGCCCGACUUAAUUGGAUUUUGCAUUACGGCCAUUCGCCUCGUUGGUCCUCCUCUGUGCGUUAUAUUCAUAUCGAUAUUUCUCCCGAGGAAAUUGGCAACAAUGGAGCCCCUACGCUUCCUCUUUUGGGAGAUAUCAAAGCAGUUGUUGCCCAGUUACUCACCCAACGUUUACGGCGAUUGUCCUCGCAAGACGCCUAUGUUAAAGGGUUGCGCGAUAAAGUGGAGCAGAAUAUCGCCAAAAUGAAGGCAAAUGGACAAAAAGGAACAGAUACCUCCAUUCUCAACUAUCAUACCGCAUUCACAGUCAUCAAGGACCUGCUACCGACCGAUGAAGUCAUCUAUGUCAGUGAAGGUGCGAAUACCAUGGAUAUUGCGCGAUCGUACUUUGACGUUCACGAACCUCGUCAUCGAUUGGACGCGGGUACCGGUGCAACCAUGGGUGUUGGUAUGGGUUAUGCUAUUGCAGCUCAACAAUACUAUCCAAACAAACGUAUUGUAUCCAUUGUGGGAGACUCGGCAUUUGGAUUCAGUGCUAUGGAAUUAGAGACCGCCAUUAGAUCGAAUAUGCCGUUGUUGAUCAUCGUCAUUAACAAUAACGGUAUCUACCACGGUCUGGACAAGGGCGAAUAUGAAGAAUCACGCAACAAGGGUACUUUGCCUACGACGUCGCUUUCUCCAGAGACACGAUACGAGCAAAUUGCCGAAGCUUGCGGUGGUAAAGGAUGGCUUGUGAAAAAUCGGGUGGAAUUACGUAAAGCAUUGCAGGAAGCAAUGGCCCUUAAAAAUGAGACCUGUGUCAUCAACACCUUGAUCGCGCCUGGGGGACGUACAAAAUUGGAGUUUGGAUGGAUGAGCAAAGCCGAAAAGGCCAAGAUGUAAUUAGCUUUUCGUAAAACCUUUUUUGACACUAAACUUUGGACAUGUUGUCUGCUGCCUACAAAUUGAAUUUAUUUUGUCGCAUAUCAUUCAAUAACAAUUUUCUCUUUUGUAACUCUGCAAGUGCAUGUUACGUAAUAGGAUCCUUUUCUUGUAAUAUUUGUCUGUCAAUCUUAGACCCAGAAAUAUCUGCAGUGAAAGUUU